AAUAUAGAAAUUCAUCCUUUUAUAUUCUGGGUAUUUGUUAAUGUUUUUUGGGUUAAUAUUAGUCAUUGAUUUAGUGUUUUGUUAGUUUUGUCUAGGUUGAAAUUUUCAAAUUUUUUUAUUUAUAAUUUUUUACCAUUUAAAAAAAUAAUAAAUAGUUCAUUGUGAAUUCGUAAUGUCAUCUGGGAAUGUUCAAAGCUUCAACAUUUUCAUAAAAUCGAGCAGGUUCUGAUCGAGUGAUGUGCCAUGGAAACUAUUAUGAAUGAAGAGCUGGACACAAAUAUAGUUGACCAAUGUGAGACAGUGGAGGUUAAACGACUCCUUAGACUUAGGAGUUCAAGCAGAGUUCAACCCUCUGAUAUAUACUCUGAAGCACAAGUAUCAGCCGAUAAGAAAAAGAAGGACCGGCAUUUUAAAGACGCCUUGAAAGAUGAUCACAGUCUUGAAUCCUCAGAAAGCCCUCGCAGGCAAAAGAUAACAGCUAGAUGGGAUCCGUCUGAGGCUUGUAGGCCUGACGUAGAAGAAGCUCCAGUGUUUUAUCCAACUGAGAAGGAGUUUGAAGAUACACUUGGUUAUAUAUCGAAAAUACGACCCCAGGCAAAAGCUUAUGGUAUAUGUAGAAUUGUACCUCCUACUUCUUGGAAACCUCCUUGCCCCCUCAUGGAAGAAAGUUUUUGGCAUGAAGCUAAGUUCUCUACGAGAAUUCAACAAGUUGACUUGCUUCAAAAUAGGGAGCCAAUGAAGAAAAAGAGAAGGAGAAAACGUAGAAGAACAUCAGCAAAGACGGUAGCAAGAAGAACAAAUUCAGAGUCAAAUGCUUCUUCUGACAGUGAUGACAAAUUCGGGUUCCGGUCUGGAUCAGAUUUCACGUUACAAGAGUAUGUAGAUUUUGCAGUUAACUUCAAGAAGCACUAUUUUGGAAUGUAUGAUGAAAAUCCAACAACCACUGAUGAUAAUGAAGAAAAGGAAGAAUGGUGGGGACCCUCCAUUAGAGAAAUCGAAGGUGAAUAUUGGAGGAUUAUUGAGCAGCCGACAGAUGAGGUCGAAGUAUAUUAUGGAGCAGAUCUUGAAACGGGUGUAUUUCAGAGUGGUUUCCCUAAGAAACUGUACCUUGAAAAUGAUGAGUUAAAUAAAUAUGUGAAAUCAGGUUGGAAUUUGAAUAACCUCCCGCGCCAACCCGGGUCUGUAUUAGCAUUUGAAGCAUGUGAUAUCUCGGGAGUUUUAGUUCCAUGGUUAUAUGUUGGCAUGUGUUUUUCGUCAUUUUGCUGGCACGUUGAAGAUCACCAUCUCUACUCUGUAAACUAUAUGCAUUUUGGUGAUUCAAAAAUAUGGUAUGGGAUACCAGGAAGCCAUGCCACAGCCUUGGAAGAUGCAAUGAGGAAACAUCUACCCGAUUUAUUUCAGGAACAACCAGAUUUACUCCAUCAGCUUGUUACUCAGCUCUCUCCUAAUGUUCUCAAGUCUGAGGGAAUCCCCGUUUAUAGGGCCACUCAACUUUCUGGAGACUUCAUUGUUACUUUCCCAAGGGCAUACCAUGCGGGAUUUAAUUGUGGUUUCAACUGUGCGGAGGCUGUCAAUGUGGCACCAGUUGAUUGGCUGCAACAUGGUCAAGGUGCAGUGGAGCUCUACAGUGAGCAACGACGCAAGACAUCUAUAUCUCAUGAUAAGUUGCUACUAGCAUCAGCUCGGGAAGCUCUCAGGGCUUUAUGGGAGCUUUCAGUGUCAGAUAAAGAGAACUCCGACCAUUUAAGAUGGAAACGUGUUUGUGGGAAGACGGGAAUACUAACAAAUGCUGUAAAGGCCAGAGUUGAAAUGGAACUAAAAAGGAUUAAGAACCUUCAAUCCGGUUGUCAAUUUCAGAAAAUGGAAGAGGAUUUCGAUACACCAAAUGAGAAAGAAUGCUUCCUAUGUUUCUAUGACCUACACAUGUCUGCAGCCAGCUGCAAGUGUUCUUCUGAUCGGUUUGCAUGUUUAAAACAUGCAAAUACAUUAUGUUCCUGUGAUCCAGACCAACUUUAUGUCUAUCUUCGUUAUACACUUGAUGAAUUAACUAUGAUGGUUGAUUCACUCGAGGGUGAAUCAGAUGCCUUACAAAAUUGGGUUUCGAGAAACUCUGGGGCAACUCAGAAAAAUAAAGGUAUGCCUACGGCUUCAAUAGAAGAAGAAACUUCUGAUGUGCCUGUAAAUCAACACAUCACCAUUCAUCCAAAAGAAGAACCCCGUUUGGGACUCGGGUGCUCUAUAGAUAUGAAUCUUGGUAACGUCACUGUUGAACUUCUAAACCUUGGAUCCUUAACCUUUGGAAAAUUAUGGUACAAUAAGCAGGCGAUAUUCCCAAAAGGCUACCAAAGCCGAGUUAAAUAUUUCAGCUUUCUCAACCCUCUAAUAAUGAGUAGCUACAUAGAGGAAAUUCAUGAUGCCGGGCUCAUUGGUCCUCUAUUUAAGGUUUUCUUAGAAGAGUGUCCUAGUGAGAGUUAUAUGGACGUGUCGGCGGAUAAGUGCUGGCAACAGGUGCUGAACAGAAUAAAUCAAGAAAUUGUGAAGCUGGCAAGUGACACCUUGAAGCCCCGACAAAGCCUUAAUGGGAUUGAGAUGUUUGGGUUAUCUUCGCCACCCAUUAUGCAGGCAAUUGAGGCUCUUGAUCCCGAGUAUAGAUGUCAGGAGUACUGGAGAGCCAAGUUAAACCAAAAUAAUAUAGAGUAGAGAUGCUGCCAACUCUCGGGAUUCCAGCCAAGAACAUGAGGUUGACUACUUGACUUGUUAGGGUAGUUGUUUUGGGUUCUUAGAAUAGAAAUCGGCAGCAGACAAUGCAAAUCUAGAUAUAGAGAGGAACAUAAGUUAUAGGAAAUUUUUUUGUCAUAGCACAAUUGCUAUAGCAUACAUCUUUGGUUCUUUUUUCUCUUUUUUUUACCCAUUCUUAAAACCCCCCAAAGAAAGAAAAUAAAACUUGAGAAGUUACAUAUGGUAUUUUCAAAAGUUCAUACCAGUUUGGUUUGGUUAUUUGUUUCAGUCUUCUUGUUGUAUAUAUAAUUUUAUUUCAUUUUUUCCCCCUCUACAAGCACAUUACUUAUAUUUGUUUUAUGUAAUGGGUACUUCAAUGUAUAUAUGCGGUGUAACCUAAUGUAA